AUGCGCAUCCUUACGCGGCAGGGCAACCAGCUCCUCGUAGAGUUCGCGAUUGUCGGAGCGAAUGGCGUUGCGCAAAAUCUCGGACAGCUGUUGGAAGGUCAAUUUCGCCAAUAUGUGGACCGGUACGCCACGACAUGCCCCAGCAGCCGAGCGACUGAAGCAGAAAGUGGUGUCCUUGCCGCUCACUGGAUCUCUCCAGGUAAGCGUAAGCGGGUGGUCAGAGACGCCGACGCGUACCUUCCGCACGUCAUUGUACAGAUCAUGGGCAGCAAAAUCCUCGUCGCUGUAUGGGUUGCCACGUUCGUUGAUGACCAUGGUGGAAAUGUCGUUGAUGUGGUUGGGCUCGUUCCUGAACUUGACCUCGAGCUGCGGCUCAUGCAUCAAAUUGUGACGUAUGGCGCGCUCGAACUCGUCGCGGCCCUCGUGCGGGUGGAUCUUCAUCGAAAAGUGGGUGGGGAUGUCGUCGAUGACACCACCUAUAUCGAUGAGGCGCGCGGGCUCGACGUCGAAUUCCAUGCCGUCGCUAACUUUGUUAUCCCACAAACCAUCAAGUCCGCCAUCAUCGUGGCCCUUCAUGCGGAUGAACAUCUCACGCGGGCGGUCGCCGUAUUUGCGGCGCUCGAUUUCGCUCGCAAUCAGGUCCUCGAUCUGCUGCUGGCUGGCGCCGUAGGGGACGUGAACGGAGAACUUAUGCACUUUGCCGUCAUCGCUGGUGAAUCGGAUUGGGAAUUCAUACCGAGCGUCUGCCUCUGCAGCCAUCCCUCUCAACUUAGUCCCGGCAGGGAAAUGGCCCUGCUCAUCGGGGUUGACGAACAUGUUCAUAAGGACCUUCCUCUUGCCGUCAAGCGGGUGGAAUCGGAGUUUUGUAUGCAGGUUUUCGUCAGGUCUCAAAAAGUUGCGCACGUGGAGCUCAUUCUCGAAAGCGUUCCUGAUGUCGGCUGCUGA